UUUAAUUGCUUAUUUUAUGUGAGCAUGAUGGUUUAUUUGAUUCAUUUUAUUUUGUUCUGGAUUCAGCUUUUAUAUCAACUACUUCUAUAUCUGCCAACAUCAAUAAUGUCCCUAUGUUAAAUGGGACUAAUUUUAAGGACUGGAAAGAGAAUAUGAUGAUUCUCUUAGGCUGCAUGGAUAUAGACUUAGCCUUGAGAAUGCCCAAACCCGAUGAACUCAAUGAGCAAAGUACUCAAGAGGAUGAGGUUUAUUGGGGUAAGUGGGAACGUUCAAAUAGGCUAAGUCUUAUGAUCAUGAAGCGCGGAAUUCCAGAAGCUUUCAGGGGUGCGGUAACCGAUGAGGUUAUUAAUGCCAGUGACUUCCUUGCGGAAAUUCAGAAACGUUUUGCCAAAAACGAUAAGGCUGAAACGAGCACGCUUUUAGCAAGCUUGAUUUCAAUGAAGUAUAAAGGCAAGGGUAAUGUUCGGGAGUACAUCAUGGAGAUGUCUCAUCUUGCUUCAAAACUUAAGGCUUUGAAACUUGAGUUAUCUGAUGAUUUACUCGUGCAUUUGGUUCUCAUCUCUCUUCCUGCACAAUUUAAUCAAUUCAAGGUCAGUUAUAACUGUCAAAAGGAUAAAUGGACUCUUAAUGAGCUCAUUUCAUUCUGUGUGCAAGAGGAAGAGAGAUUGAAGCAAGACAAGACCGAAAGUGCUCAUCUGGCUAGCACUUCCAAGGAUAAGGGCAAACGAAGGAAUAAGGAUAAUAAGGUUGCUGCUUCUAAUGGCCUAGAACAAAAGAAACAGAAAGUUGAGGUAACAUGUUUCUUCUGUAAUAAGCCUGGACAUACUAAGAAGGAAUGUACCAAGUAUGCUGCUUGGCGUGUUAAGAAAGGGUUGCCUGAGUUACCGAAAACCAAGUGAUGCUGAAAGAUGCAUCUAUGUCGGAGACGGUCAGUCGGUAGAAGUGGAGACAAUAGGGCAC